AUGGAUAAAACUCGAGUGGGAACAUCCUUUUCAAAAUAUGAGCAACAUGACGAAAGUUUAACAUCAACGGCUCUUACCUCCAGAAUACUAGAUAACUUAAACGUACUUAAAUGCAAACUGGACCCCGAUUUAGUUAACAAUAGUAGAUUAUAUCAUGAAGAAAAAAGUGGUUUUGGUUUUAACGAAUCGAAACCUUUUGUACUCAAGUUUGUUGAGCAGAAAAAUAAAUUAUUCAGAAACCAAGCAAACCAUGAAAACAUCAAUGCUACUGCUAUCAAUACAAUAUCCCAAGGUAAAAAAUCUAUAAAGAAAAGAAAAUGCUUACCAAAAUUAAAUCGCACUGAACAUUUACUAGCAAUAAUUCCUAAAACUGGAACAGUCAACAAAAUCCCGAUUGAUUAUCAAGUUAACCAACAGAAUCCCAAUAAAACAACAAUUGAUCCUUCUAAUGAAUGUUAUAUUGAUCACCAAAUACAUCUUCAGUUCAAUACUAAUGAUAUCCAUGACCAAUUGAAAAUUAUAUCUUACUGUAAAAGCAAACAAGUGAAAUUUGAAGCAAGUUAUCCAAACACAAAUGUAGAUAUAACAAAGAACUUAACCAAUUUAAUUCAGUUGGAUCCAAAAGAAGAGAUUGUUGUCAGGGAAUAUCAAGAUGGAGAUUUUAAAACGACUGGAAUUCAAGGACAGAAUAAAUUUGAUUAUAACUUGAUUAAAAAGAAAACAAUAGAAAAGAAUACUAUGAAAAGAAAGCAUCUAAAGUCUAUUACAGAAAAGGUACCAAUUUUAUGUCCUAAUACAACAAAGAAAUGUUGUUCAUAUGGUAUACGUGAACCAAUUGAACCUUGGUUCCCAUUAGAUUCAUUAUUAGAAGGAAAUAGUCGGAUUAACCAGAAAACAAAUUCAAAUUUACGCUUGAAUCGAUCUAAAAGUUGUGAUAUUAACAAUUUCAAAUUACCAUGGCAACCUGAAUUCAGCAACUUAUAUCAUAGUUCACCGAAUUUAAUGAAUCAACCAACUGGUGAAUUGGUUAUCAAUCAAAAUUUUUCAAGUAUAUUACAUGAAUUAACCCAACAAAGAAAGUUAAUAUUAGAUAUGGAAGAACAGACUAUUGAUAAUCUGGAAGACAAGAUAUCACCAGAAGAUUGUAAUUCCAACGAAAAGAAUAAAAUCUUUACAACAAUCCAUUCGAAUGAUGAUUGUAUUGUACAUAAUACUAAGAAUCACAUGGAUGAUUUGGAAACAAUUUCUCAUACAAAAUCAAUGAAUAUAUCUAAUCACCAUGACAACAAAACUCCUCAAAAUUUAAAUAAUCCAACUAUAACAACUACACAAUCGAUUCAUUUAAAUUUAUCUGAUAUAGAAUUAUAUAAACAAAAUCAAUUAAAAAUCAAUAAUAAUAAUUUACAAAUUGAUUGGAUUAAAACAAUCGAAAAAUUACCAGAAAAUAUUGAACCAAUUUUAGAAUAUUUUGGAUCAACUAAACAAGAUCAAUCUACGAAUAUUAAAUUAGUUACAAAUGAAAUAGAAAAUCUUACAUAUGAAAUCAACAAAAAUCCAUCGACGACCAAAUUAGGAUUUGAUUUAUGUAGACGUGGUGCAUUAUAUAGAAAAAUUGGAAGAUUACAAGAUGCUAAGGCUGAUCUUCUUAAAUCUAUUCAAAUUGAAUCAAAAUUAUCAUCUGCCUAUUGGCAUAUACAUUUUAUAUUCUUGCUUGAAGGUAAAAUAAAAGAGGCAUUAUAUCAUUUGGAACAAUGUAUGAAAUGUACUAAUAUGAUUGAACCAAUACAAAACUUUACUACUACUUCUAAUAAUAAUAGUACUACUACUACGACGAAGACGGCGGCGGCAAUGGUGACGAGUACUACUACUACGACGACGACAAGGACGGCGGCGGCGGCGACGGCGAUGACCACGACUACUACUGACAACAGAAAUAAUAAUAGUAAUAUGAAAAGUUUCAAUACUAAUCUCCAUCAGUUUUAUCAUGAUAUUCUUAAUUCAAAAGCAUUUAUUUAUUCAUUAUUAAAUGAUUCUAAAAUGGAAAUUGAAAUAUGGACAAAAUUAAUUCAUUAUAAUCCGACAUAUGAAUUAGCUUAUGAGAAAAGAGCUAAUCUUUAUCUCAAGUUAAAAAUGUAUCAUCAGGCAAAUAGUGAUUUUAUGAAAAUCCUCUGUAUAAAUCCCAAGUCAGUCUAUGCUCAAUUUCAAUGUGGUUUAUAUAAAUUUCACUCGAAGGAUUGGAGAACAGCAAUCUCUUAUUUUAAAAUGGUUCUUGUUAAUAAUCCAUCAUAUUUUGAAGCAAGAUAUUAUUUGGCUAGAUGUUUAUUAAAAUUAUCUAAUUAUAAUACAGCUUUAGCUGAAUUAACAACUUGUCUUUACUUUCAACCAUUGUAUUAUAAAGCUUUAUAUAUACGUGGUUGUCUACUGACUAAAACAUGUCCAUUACAAUCAUUACGUGAUUUAACAUUGUGUAUAUAUGUUGGUAACCAAAAAUAUCAAACUAUGGCUUUUAUCCAACGUGGAUUAAUGUUUAAUCAAUUAAAAAGGUAUGUUAUAUAUGUUCAGUAA